AGGAAACCAACCCUUUUAUUUUACGUCUAGAAGCGCUGAGAUAUUGAAGCUAGAAAAAUACGCUACGUAGUAGUUUUUGAAGAAAAAUUUUCCGUCGUGACCUCAUACGCGCGGAUUCGCGUCGCCUGAGGACACAGCCAGUCGGCAAUUUCCUUUUAUAAACCAGGUCAGGUGAUAGGGCAGCUGCGGAUUCGCUUCAAACUCUCCCCGUGCGCCAGCAAAACACACAUUUUUCCUCCAGGAUAAUUUCUAGCGUCCUUGCAUCGAAGAAAUCGCCAUUGAAUCGUCUUCUGGUGGUCGAGGGCAGCUGGAGAGUAAGUAUAAAAACCUUUAAUUUAAUUUAUUCGAUGAAUUCUCAGGAAGUGUCCUUCAAGCCGGCAGAAAUUGUGGCUGUGAUUACAGACGCUCUCUUCGUUAAAAAAUUAAAAUUUAUCCUCUAUUCCAUGACCAAGCGUAAUAUGUGUAAGGGAAAAGGCCAUUAUCUUGACAAUGAUUUCAUCUCUAGUGUUUGUUUCGCGUGGCAAAUAUUUGUUGUUUCCACUUAAGAACAGGGAAAAACGUUCAAUUUAGAUGUCGGAGGUGUUGUGACUGAAGAGGUUGUCGUUCAGAAACCUUUUUUCCCUCUGAUUGAAAUUCUAGAGGGACAUAAUAAAUAUUUUAAUUGUUUGUGUUUCUUGGGUUUGAUUACUCAACAAAGCGGGAUGGUAAUAAGACAAAGUUGUUUGUUCUCCACGGAAUUGAUAAGAAUAUAGCGUUAACAUUUUCAGUUUAAUGACACGUAAGAUAAAACUUUUGAGAGGCGGAACAGUGAUAUUGCCUAAUGUAUUACGUUAGUAGUAAUUAUGUAUGUCCGAGAAGUGAGUGUAGGAAAACACAGCAAUAUUGGGAAUAUUAUCUUUUUCACAGAUCUGAAAAUUGCUGUGAUCACGAAAGAACCCAAUCAUGCCAAAACCGAAGACAGUCUUGUGCUAUAUUUGCGGGAGAGAGUUUAGUGCACACUCCAUUAAUGUUCAUGAGCGCCAGUGUGCGAAGAGGUGGGAAAUGGCUAAACAAAAGGAAAAAGAAGAUGCUAAGCAACAACCGAGAAGAAAAUUCUCACAUGAACCACGGAAAAGAAGAGUUCUGCCCGAUGUUCCCACCAUUGAUAAACAACAGAGUUUGAGUUUGGAUGACAUAAGGGGGUCAGCUCUCAAGCCAAGCAUAACAUCACAGAAAAGAGGCAGUGCUGUAACACUAAAAAAUAUUGAACAGGGACAAAAGUUACUCAAAGAACGUUCACAAUCACCAGCCACCGGCAAACUGCUGAUAAGACCAGGAACUGUUACAAUUCAAGGGGAUUCCUCAGACUCAUCUUCUGAAAAGAAUGUAUCAUUAGAAAUGGCAGAUGUCCAGUCACAUUCCUCUGCAGAGCAAAACAUGUCUGAUGAUGAAGACAUUGACAGGUGCAGUGAAGCAACCUAUACUGUUGAGACUUGUCCAACGCCCGAGAGGGUGACUGUAAAUGGCAAUCAUUCUAUUUCUUGUCUUUCUAAGAGGGAAGGGUCAUUAGAGUCUUUAACAGGUUCAUCUGACUCUCAGGAAACCCCAUAUGAGACCAAGAAAGAAAGGCGCUCUUUAUCUGACACAAGGUCGUCCUCUUCUAGUCACCCCAUCUUAACAGUAUGUUAUAUAUGUGGAAGGGAGUAUGGAUCAAAGUCCUUGAAAAUCCAUGAACCACAGUGCCUCAAGAAAUGGCGACUUGCCAAUCCUAAACGUUCUCGUAGCCCAAGUGGCCGUGGCCUUCAGACAACAGCGACGCUAAGCAAGGCAAGGUCAGUUUCAUCUCUGAGAAGUCAUGAAAGUACAUCUCCUCGAAACCGCCGGCCAAACACUGCUUUAGCCAGUGGAUUACCAACAGCAAAAGAACUGAAAUCUCGCUCUGCUUCAUGUGAGAAUCUGUUGGACAGGAGUGAACAUAAACCAAGAUCACCCAAAGCUGUUCACCAGAUAUCAAGAAUGAUACUUUGUUAUCUCUGUGGGAAACAGUUUACGACACACUCCUUGCCAAUCCAUGAAAAGCAGUGCCUGAAAAAAUGGGAGGCACGGAAGAAGUUGGAAGCUGCGGAGAAAUCACAGAAAGAAAAGGAAUCAAAGAAACGACAUUCUGUUCAUCUCCCUGUUACAAUAAAGAUUGACCAUGUUGAAGAAAAUAACAACAAAGAAACAACAUUGUCUCAGAGAAGUGGUAGUCAUGGAGAUCUGCUAACACCAGAGACAUUACCUCAUCGUAAUUCAGAAUGUAGUAAUACAGAUGAAGUAAAGGAAAACAAAAUCUUGACACAAAGCAAGCCAGCUUUGGUUGUCUGCUAUCUUUGUGGCCGUGAAUAUGGUUCAGCAUCAAUAUCUAUCCAUGAGAAACAGUGUCAAAAGAGAUGGCAGGCAAACGAAGCUAAGAAAGUAAAGCAAACAUCAAAGACAAACAAAGAGAAAAAGAUAGGUUCAAAACAAAGGCCUCGGUCAUUUGUUUUCUAAUUAGACAUUUUUGAUAUGGCAUUAUUUUACCAAAACUACUGAAAUCCCCUUUUUAUUAAAAAUUACUUAUCCCAGGGGGAAUCCAAACAAAAACAGCCCUCAGUUGCCAAAAAGAAUCCUGAAGUAGUCUGGUCGUGGAGAUAAACUGCUGCUAUUGUGAAAAUAGUCAGCUAUUGAGUCUAUUCUUUUCUAUGCAUACAUGUAAGGAGAAAGUGAUUACCCUACAACCUAUGAAUGAUUUUGCGUGAAAAAAAAAACAAAAAAAAAACAAUCCAAACAGUUAUCUGAUUGGUCAAGCUGCCAGGAGCAAAUGACAAAAUAAUCUAAACGAGUUUUGGUGUAUUUUAAGGGAAAACAAUCUUUUAUUCCUAUGACAACAUAAGCUUUUCAGCUUAAAAAUAAGGAUUAACCCUUUUUGGAAGUUCUUAAAUACAAAAAUCCUUUUUGACUAUUUAUACUAAUGGCUCAAAACCACCAGGGAGUACAAUAUUAAUGAUUAUGUGUUGUCCAAUGCACCCCGUCAUGUUGUUGUAUAGGACCAGAGUCCCAUAGGCUGUUGGGUUAAGGCUAAGGACAUGUUCUCUUUUGGAUGCACAAAAUCCUCAACAGUUACACCUGAUUGUAACCUGGCCCUAGUUGUUCAAAAAGUGGAUAGUGAUAUUUCCCCAGUGGAUAAUGCAAUUUGGGUGUCAAUUACUGGAAAAACAAUCUGCUGGAAAGGAGAUUUACUUAAUGACAAGUGCUUUAUUCAGCUUUUGAACAACCAGGGCCAGGACUCUAAAAGCAUUUCAAUAUUUAUUGUCUUGAUAGCUGUGUUAAGGGUUAUUUAUGAUGUAUGAAUUAUUUAUAUCUUUUAAAAGUAGUUUUACUUUUAAUGAAUUUUAUAAAAAUGCUGAGCAGGGCCCAGUUGUUUGAAAGGUGGUAACAUUAUCCACUGGAUAUCUCUAUCCAGUCUAGAUAAUGCAAUUAUUGAUUUCCCUCAUACUUAUCCACUGGACAGUGAUUUAUCCGGGGGAUAGUGCUAUCCAACGUUUGAACAACUGGACCCUGCACAGUAUACACUGUUUGGAAAGGUCUAAAAGUAUUUUUAGGAUUUGGAAGUCUUAAUUAAUUGUUUUUUAAAGUGUCAUUAUAACUUUGUAGCAUAUUGUGAUGUGUAAAUACUUUUUACUGAUGACAAUCUUAUCUGUACUAUUUGAAGACUUUUUCUCAUUUGAUAAACGGUUUCUAUAACAAUAAUAUGGAGGAACUUGUGGUCACUGUCAAAUUAAUAAAAUAAUGUGCAAUACCAUGGGAUUAUUUAAGAAGCAAAAGUGGAGUGUUAGGAAAGUAAUCUGUUUGCAGGUCGCAAUGAGUGUUUUUUGUUUUUGCAAGGGCUUUUUAACAGCUGCUUUUCCUCCUUUUGCCAUCUUUUCUGUUCAACAAGCACCAAUUUUUUUCUGUUGGUGGGGUGGCUGGAUUUGCCAGCCAUGGUGGAGGAGGAUGAUGCAAAGUUCCAAAAUGACAUGGCACAAAGAACAUAAUUAAGAAGCAAAGGACAACAAAAUGCUGUAAAUUAGAGUAUUAUAAUACUAAUUUUAUUUAUUUUCAAUGCCGAUACCAUGGGUCCCUUUUCAACUCUACAAUG